GAAAAUGGAUGGAUGGAAGGAAGAGGAGCUGACCAUUUAAAAUCAGUCAUAGAAAAUAAGCUAAUUGUCACAUGUUGCGGAAGUUUAAAACAAAUGUUUAAAAAAAGUGAAUGCCUCCUCGGGGUCAAUUAACGACGCUGCUAUUCUUUUCAGGGGAAGGGGCGGAGGUGAAGAGGUGUCAGGCAACAUGCAAUGUUUCGCCUCAGAGAGGAAGGAAAUGCACAAUGUCACUUCUGGAAAGGCAUGCAGCCAGCAGGCGCCUCCGCUCCAGCGCACCGCACAUUUCCCAUCCCGGGAGGCUCCUCGUAAAAAAUACCAGUAAAGCCUUUGUAGUGGUGGCCAUUGCAUUGUCUUUGCUUUCCUUUAUUGUCUUUUUUCUGCUCACUGUUAAAGUGAAUUGGGCAGCAGCGGUGGGUGGGAAUUUCCACCAAAAAGGUGACGACGGCUUCCAGGAAGGCAGGACCGUGCAGAUGAGGAUUAUAUAAGGACAGGCAGCAGAGCACACUAACUAGAAUCAUCACAGCGAGUGGACCAACAAGACUUGAAGACAUCUACAAUAAACCAUACAUCUAAAAUGGAACUCUGCUGUGGAUUAAAUGGCAAAAAGUACACCUCAUGGACCAUCUUGGCUUUUACUUUCUCAAUGUUGUGCAUGCAGACGAGCGUCGAGUGCUGGUCCUACUUCUACUCCAAUGGCACCAUGACCUGGGAGGAAGCCCGAGCGUGGUGCAAGGAGAGCUACACGGACAUGGUGGCAAUCCAGAACCAGGAGGAGAUUGCACAUCUCAACAGCUGGCUGCCCAAGAAGCCCGGCUACUAUUGGAUCGGCAUCCGUAAGAUCAACAGCACCUGGACGUGGGUUGGCACCAACAAGGCUCUCACGGCCGAGGCCACCAACUGGGCUGAGGGGGAACCCAACAACGGCAAGAACGGGCAGGUCUUGGGCGAGAGGGAGGACUGUGUGGAGAUGUACAUCAAGAGAAGUUCGCAACCUGGAAAAUGGAACGAUGAGCGAUGCAAGAACAGCAAAACAGCUUUGUGCUACACCGCUGCUUGUCAGACAGACUCAUGUAUCCAUGGAGAAUGUGUGGAGACCAUUAACAGCCACAGGUGCGAGUGCUUUGAAGGCUUCUAUGGAGACAAGUGUGAGCAUGUGUUUCAGUGCAACAAAGAUGAGCUGAGCGUCCCUGCUAAGGGGAGCGUAGACUGCACUGGCAAGUACGGCGACUUCUCCUUUGACGCCCUGUGCCAAUAUUCCUGCGAGGAGGGCUACCAGCUGAACAGGCCGGGACCCUUGAGGUGCACCGCCUCCAAGAACUGGUCAGAGCCGCCUCCUACAUGUGAAGUGGUCCAGUGUGAGGAGCUGUCGCAUCCAGAUAGAGGAUCUGUCACAUGUCAGGACCCUGUGGCAGCCUCAAGCUUCCAGUCCACAUGUAUGUUUACCUGCCAUGAGGGAUAUGUGCUAUCUGGCGCUGAGUCUCUGCAAUGUGAAGCAUCAGGAAGCUGGAACGCCUCACAGCCAACUUGCGUUGCUGUCCAGUGUCCCGCUCUCUCUGGCUUACAAAACGGUACAAUCAGCUGCGGGGAGGAUCCAGAUACGAGGUUCAGCUACGGGAGCACCUGCACUUUCAGCUGCUCCUCAGGCUACCAGAUGGUGGGGGCGAGCACGGCGACAUGCACGUCAGCUGGAGAGUGGAGUAAGAUGAUGCCUCACUGCCAAGUGGUUCAAUGCAACAAAGAUGAGCUGAGCGUCCCUGCUAAGGGGAGCGUAGACUGCACUGGCAAGUACGGCGACUUCUCCUUUGACGCCCUGUGCCAAUAUUCCUGCGAGGAGGGCUACCAGCUGAACAGACCGGGACCCUUGAGGUGCACCGCCUCCAAGAACUGGUCAGAGCCGCCUCCUACAUGUGAAGUGGUCCAGUGUGAGGAGCUGUCGCAUCCAGAUAGAGGAUCUGUCACAUGUCAGGACCCUGUGGCAGCCUCAAGCUUCCAGUCCACAUGUAUGUUUACCUGCCAUGAGGGAUAUGUGCUAUCUGGCGCUGAGUCUCUGCAAUGUGAAGCAUCAGGAAGCUGGAACGCCUCACAGCCAACUUGCGUUGCUGUCCAGUGUCCCGCUCUCUCUGGCUUACAAAACGGUACAAUCAGCUGUGGGGAGGAUGCAGAUACGAGGUUCAGCUACGGGAGCACCUGCACUUUCAGCUGCUCCUCAGGCUACCAGAUGGUGGGGGCGAGUACGGUGACGUGCACGUCAGCUGGAGAGUGGAGUGAGAUGAUGCCUCACUGCCAAGCAAUAACAUGCCCCGCCCCUGACGUUCCCAAGAGAGGCCACCUGAACUGCACUCCCUCCCUCUUCCCAUCCUCGAUCCUUUACCCACACGAUACAGUCUGCACCUUCAGCUGCGAUGAAGGCCAUCAGCUCCAAGGUGCCCUCAGCAUGGCGUGCACACACUUAGGCCAGUGGACCGCUAUGCCUCCAACAUGCUCAGCUUCCACGUCUCAGCUAAGUGCCAUUACGGCUGGUGCAACAAUAGGGGGCGCUGUGUCCCUGUCCACUCUGUCUCUGGUGAUGUGGGUCCUGAGACGAUUGAGGAGGAAAGCAACCAAGUUUGAGUUGAGCAGCAACUCUGACAUUGAGGAUCCUCCCCAGGUCUACAAAAACAGCAUCGACAGUCUCAUCUAGGACAGAUGCCAACAGUGAUUUCACUUUUUUUAAGCAGAAAAACAAAGAAAAAAAGAAAAAUGUUGUGCUCUGUGAAUGUCAUUGACAUGUAUUUCCUCCCAGAGGGAGGUUUGUUUUUGUAUUGAGCACAUUGUUCUACACCUUCAGGAACAUGCUGGAAAAGUGUAACGUUAUGUGACGUAUCAUGCACUGCCAUGUCCUCACUAAACUGUGACUUAUUUAGUAUAUUUAUGGCAUAUUUUCUUACUAUUUAUGUGUGUCUUUUACACAAACCACUUUUACAAAUUUCUUAUUAGGACACCUAUUGUAUGU